GGGUGCGACGCCCUGAAGUCACGUCCGCUUGACGACCUUCCGAAAAGAGACUGCGCUUCGGAGGCUGGGGCCGAGGGGGAUGAAAGGCGAGGGAGGAGAGAGAGAGAGAGAGAGAAGAGGGACCCUGCGCUGCCUCCCUCCUGCCCACCGAUUAUCCGAUUCUGAGCCAUGAGCGUUCUGAGCUCCAGUGAGCAGCAGUAACAGGCCUGAACAAUGGUGGCCGGUGAAGAGGAGGAGUACAAAAUGGACGGGGACACAGUCAGCCCCACGGACUUGUCGGAGAUCCUGAAGGAAGGAACGAAGGAGUCCCACGAUCGAGCAGAGAACACUCAGUUUGUGAAGGACUUCCUGAAGGGCAAGAUUCAUCGAGAGCUCUUCAAGCUGGGCACGGUGGCCCUGUACUUCACCUACACGGCCAUGGAGGAGGAGAUGGAUAGGAAUGCUGAGCACCCUGCCUUUGCCCCCCUCUACUUUCCCCUCGAACUGCAUCGUAAGGAGGCUCUGGCCAAGGACCUGGAGUUCCUAUACGGCCCCGGCUGGGAGGAGAGGGUGGAGAGCUCGGAGGCCACGCAGCGAUAUGUGGAGCGGAUCCGCCAGGUGGGACAGAGUGAUCCGGGGCUGCUGGCUGCCCACGCCUACACCCGCUACAUGGGCGACCUGUCGGGGGGGCAGGUGCUGAAGAAGGUGGCCCAGCGAGCCCUGGGCCUGCCUGCCACCGGCGACGGGGUCCAGUUCUACACCUUCGACAACAUCUCCAACCCGAGUCGCUUCAAGCAGCUGUACCGCGCCAGGCUCAACAGCCUGGAGAUCAGCGAGGAGAGCAGGAGGAGGAUUGUGGAUGAGGCUAACGAGGCCUUCCGCUUCAACAUAGAGGUCUUUGAGGAGUUGGAUAACAUUGGGAAAACCCUUGGCGGAACUGACCAAGGAGACGGAGUCCCACUUCACAAUGGAAAAGGAGAUGCUCGGAAGUGCCCUUUCUACGCUGAGAAAGGCAAUGUUGAAAUGGGCUGCCCACUACACUCGGCGAUGGCUGUAGUGCAGAGCUCUUCCUUCCAGUUGGUGCUCGCUGCUCUUGUGGCACUCGUCGCCAUCUGGUGUCUGCUGUAAGUAAGGCUGACUGCCAGAGAUGAACUGUCCAACAAAAGUGAUGCAACCCCCCCUCCCCCCUCUCUCUCUGCCCUCUCCUACUUUGUCCAAGAAGAUAUGUGCAAUUAAAACCCAGCAGGACUGGCAACAAGAGUUGGAUCAUGUACAUCUGUUCCAGCGCUCGCUCCCCUUGAACAGUGGUUGACGGUGACCUGUUUAAUGUUCCAGUAAAUUCUAGAUUCAACACUGUCACAGCGAGAUCUUAUGAAUGCGACUAACGAGGUGCAUGGAGUUCCCUCACCAUUCCAAGCUGCCACAAGACUGAUUCCAGUUUAUUGAAGGGGUACGGUUGUUCCCAAUUGACAAAACUCUUUACUGAAACCUGUCAACCCAAAUGGCCCUCACUCAGUUAACAGGCUUCAGAGUGACCACAUAGGCCUGGAACCAUGGAUGUUUCCCAGUGUAACACUGAAUUUCUGCUUUCUACAGGUUUGUGAGCCAACAAACUUCAGUGGUUUUCUUUACCCCAUGUAACUAUGCAUGAACAUUAAACAUUCUAACAAGC